GGAAAACGUUCGAGGCGGUUGAUCCAAGAACAGGGGAGGUGAUAACAAGAAUUGCAGAAGGAGAUGCAGAGGACAUUGAUUUGGCUGUUGGGGCUGCACGUCACGCAUUUGACCAUGGCCCUUGGCCUCGCUUGUCUGGCUUUGUAUGUGAUGAUUACUACUUUUCUGUUCAUCCUCACCUCCGAACCUUUCUGCAAUGAUGCUAUCCUCUAAUUAGCCUCAGUAGUCAGUACAGUUGGUUAAUUCAACUCGUUCGGUUUAACUAAACCUAGCGGUCCAACAGUUAACUUUUUUUCUUACUAAUUAAUGUUGAAUAUUGCUUAUACACUGACUCCAUCUUAGUUUAGCUUAUUAGAAAAUUAGCUAGGCAGUGCUUUCACCAAUUUUAAUUGUGAUUGAAGAUUAUUUUCAGGAUAUGUACCAAAAGAAGAUAUUUUCAGGAAGUCAAUUUUUUUGGUGUUAUAGCCUGUCUCCAUCAACCUUUCUUUUUUGUGGUUUUUGUUCUUAUGAUUCUGGAAGUGAAAACACUCUCCAAAUCUGACCUCUAAAACAACUUGAAUUUAUUUUCUCAAUGAGAAUGAAAAAACUAGGCCCUGAUUUAUUUUCUGGCCGCAACACGUCCUGAUUUCUGAAAGCCGAGACCAGAGGACAAGUGGACAACCUGAUAACCCGAAUGGCCACGUUCCAGAAUCCAGGGUUCUGUACGUCUUUUAUGUGCAAUGGGGGGCUCAUGAAUCGACGAUGCCCCGGACGAAAAGGCCACCGUGAAUAAUUGAAGUGUGGGGCAGGGUCAUUAUUGACCAAUUAAUUAACCAUCUGACAAUCUCGUCUUUCACAAACAAACAGUAAAGAGAGGGAUCUACAUAUAUGUGGAGUUGUACCCGCAGAGGGCCAUCCCCUGCACGGAGCGAGGAAGGAUCAUGAUGAAGUUCGCAGACUUAAUUGAAGAAAACAUAGAAGAAAUAGCUGCGUUGGAUACCAUUAACGUGGGCAAGCUGUAUGCUCAUGGCAAGGUCUUGGAUGUCCCAGGUGCAGCAAGGACUCUGCGUUACUUUGCAGGUGCAGCCGAUAAAAUUCAUGGGACAGUUUUAAAAUUGUCAAAGGGGCUUCAGGGCUACACUCUCAGGGAACCCAUAGGAGUAGUCGGACAUAUAAUUCCCUGGAAUUUUCCCACCGUUAUGUUUUUCAUGAAGGUUGCCCCCGCAUUAGCCUCAGGUUGCACCAUGGUUGUCAAGCCAGCUGAGCAGAGUCCUCUUUCAGCUCUUUACCAUGCUCAUCUUGCUAAGCUGGCUGGCAUCCCUGACGGAGUGAUCAAUGUUGUAAAUGGAUUUGGAGAGACUGCUGGAGCUGCCAUUAGCGCUCAUAUGGACAUUGAUAAAGUGAGUUUUACGGGGUCUACAGAAGUUGGACGUAAGAUAAUGGCAGCAGCAGCCGCAAGCAAUCUGAAACCGGUGUCGUUAGAGUUGGGAGGCAAAUCUCCUCUAUUAAUAUUUGAUGAUGCUGAUAUUAACGAGGCAGUAAAUAUUGCUUUCGGUGGCAUGUUUUUUAACAAAGGAGAAAUCUGCGUGGCAAGUUCUCGUGUUUAUGUUCAAGAAGGUAUAUAUGAAAAGUUUGUGAAUAAGUUGGUGGAGAAGGCGAAGUCAUCAGUUGUCGGGGACCCUUUUGACCCUCGAGUUCAUCAAGGACCCCAGGUUGAUAAGAAGCAAUUCGAGAAAAUUCUCUCUUAUGUUGAGCAUGGCAAAAGAGAAGGAGCUACUUUGCUAACAGGGGGUAAGCGUGUGGGCCAGAAGGGAUACUACAUCGAGCCCACGAUAUUUGCAGAUGUUAAGGAUGACAUGAUCAUAGCCAAGGAAGAAAUUUUUGGACCUGUAAUGUCAUUGAUGAAGUUCAAAACCAUGGAAGAGGCUAUCAAGAGGGCAAAUAACACAACUUAUGGCCUGGCAGCUGGGAUUAUAACCAAGGACCUGAACGUGGCGAACACCGUCUCGAGAUCGAUCCGUGCCGGCAUCAUCUGGAUCAAUUGUUACAUUGCGUUUGAUGUGGAUUGCCCCUACGGAGGAUACAAGAUGAGCGGCUUCGGAAGGGAUUAUGGAGUGGAAGCCCUUAACCAGUAUCACCAAAUCAAGUCCGUUGUGACUCCCAUUCACGAUUCUCCCUGGCACUAAAUCUAACCAUUGUAGUACUAAGUUAUACCCGGAAUGUAGUUUUAGGAGCAUGAAGUUCCAACAAAAUAAACAGUGGUUUCAACAGCGGAGCCCAGGGCACUACCUUGUUAUGCACAGGGCAAUCAGGCCAACCAUGUGGCCUUGCUUUGUGAUUUUCGCAAUGCAAUUUCAUAAUGUCAGUCUUGAUCAAGUGGCUUCUUAAUUUACCCAAGUUUAAAAAUGUCAAAAAUUUUGAAUUUCUAAUGAUACUUGCGCACAUUUGACA